AACAUCGCAGGCAAAAGGAACACCUCGCUCGCAUUCUUCACCUCACACGAGCGAAACGAACUCAAAGGCGUAUGGGGGAGUCGAUCUACCAGAUUGACGCGCGAUAGCUUUUUGCCAUUCGCUAGCUGCCAAUUAUGUCUUCUACCAACCCGCGAUCCGGUAUCCUGCCCAUCCCACGGCCACCUCUUCUGCCGCGAAUGCGCCGUGAGUAAUCUCCUGGCACAGAACAAGGAACUCAAGCGACUCAAGAAGGAAGCCGAGCGACGGAAGGGUGAAGACGCAGAAGAAGACCAUCUACAAAACGCGGAAGCUCAGGCACGAGCGGUGGAGGAGUUUGAGAAAGUUCAGGCGGGCUUGAGCGUACGGUCCGGUGGGAACACAAGUGACAAGAUCGUUGGACGACAGAACGGGAAGAUCAUUGUUGAGCGAGCGGACGAUGGUGCGAAUAAGGAUGGUAACAGUGGGACUAAGCGGAAAUUUGAACUCGACGAAGACGAGCUAUUACGCCUGGCCACAGACGAGCGGGACAAGAUCAAGCGUAGGAUGAACGACGAACGCAACGCAAAAUCCGAAUUGCCAUCGUUCUGGGUACCGGGCGAAACACCGGAUAACAAAAAGAGCGACAUCAAAAGCAUCAAGCAAAAUCCAACAUGUCCGGCCGCGGCUCUGGACAAACCGCACGACUUCACGCUCAAGACUCUGGUCCAGGUGAACUUUACAGAAGAGAAGACUGGGGAUGCGCAGUCGACAGCGCGCAGCUGUCCUGCUUGUAACAAGGCGCUGUCAAAUUCCACGAAAGCUGUUCUAGCGAAGCCUUGCGGGCAUGUGCUGUGUAAGCCAUGCAGUGAGCGGUUUCAGAAGUCGCCCGAGAAGUCGGCUCAUGACAAGGAACACGACGAUACGGUGAGAUGCUAUGUUUGCCAGGAAGACGUCACCACCGGGCGGAAAACGAAACGGAAAAAGGAGAGCGCAGAAUGCGGAGAGAAGAAGGAAAGCAGAGUGGAGCGUGGUCUCGUAGAGCUGAGCUGCGAGGGAACAGGGUUCGCAGGCGGCGGCAAGAAUAUGGUAAAGAAGGAAGGGGUAGCGUUUCAGUGUUGA